GGCCGUUAAUCAGCGGCGACACGCACCAUCGUCCUCCGCUCUCACGGUCUCUUUGGUCCCAUCCCUUGUUUCCCCGGUCGCCGUGCCGCCGUCGUCCUCCGCCCUCCCGUCUCCGCCGGACGCCACUCGUCAGAUUCGUUUCGUUCGUUUAGGCAUCGCUAGCUGCUGCUCAUUUGCGGUCGUCUGACUGAGGUGUCCUGAAGCGGAGCCGGACCUCCAGCUCCGGCACCGGCGAGACAUGGCUGCGGCGGCGAAGGAGGUGGACAUGAAGAAGAUGGAGCUUAUGAAGGAGGUAAGAGCGCAUCAAGUGGCGAUCGGCGAGCUCAACAACCUGCCUCCAUCCAGGGCCGCGUACCAGAAGACCUGCAACAUCUUCUUCCGCAAGGACAUCAAAUCCGCCGUGGCGUCCCAACAGAAGCAACUUGACAUUGCCAAGGGGAAGCUGCAGAAGCUGGAUCAGGCAUGAAGGCUCACUGCAGGAAUUAGCAGCUCCACGGCACAAUAAGCGCCUUUGAAGUCGCGACUUAUACUGCUUCUGCUGCUUCAUUCAUACACCUCCGUGAAUCCUCUCCAAUCCAACUGUCUUAGGAAUGGCAGACAACGUGUAUGCAACUUAUAUAGUUUUCUGUGUAAUAAUGGUGGUGUCAUUACAAGCUGGUUGCCAGUUAUGAUCCAGUCUCAUUUCUUUCUGAAUAUGGAGAGUAGAUACCGGACUGUAGUCAAAAUAGAACCAUUAUAUGAAGGUGAUAUGAUGAUUUGAAGUCUUUCUGAACCGAUAAUCCAGUGACAGCUAACAGGGUUUCAUAUAUAUAUGCGUUGGCGAGGA